CCGGCUCAGCCCAGGCGCGCGUCACUAGGGGUGGGGAGAAGGGGGUGGGGCCGCGGGACCUGAGGGGCCCGAGCGCCGGCUGCGGAGCCCCAGCUGUAGCUGGGUGAGGGCGGCUGCGGUCGCGGCGGCGGCGGCGGCGGCGACGGCGGCGGCGGCGGCGGGAGAAGAUGGUGGCGCUGGAGGUAGGAGCGGCUGGAGUGGAGCUUUAUUCCCAGCCUCGGCACCAACGCUGUCGUUAGCGCCGCCUGCUCCCGCGGGCCCGCGGACCCAGCUGUCAGGCAAGGUACCACCGCCAGGGACUGGUGGGUAAAUGCGGGGUCCCCGGUGCUGAUGCUGCCCCCGAUGGAGACCCGGUCCUCGCCGAAGGGCGCCCCUGGGCGCCUGCAAGGAACAAUAGUGAGGAUGAGAGGGGACAGCCGGCGACAUCCAGGGGGCAAUGACUUGAGCCAUCGAGCUAACGGGGCGGGGGAAGGGGGCGCUGAGGGUAGGUGGUGUCCGGUGCGCGCUGAGAUUCGGUGCUUUGGGGGCAGCGGCGGGCCUGAUGACAGUCAUGGCAGGAGUGUGUGUGUGUGUGUGUGUGCGUGUGUAAAAGGUAGAGCCGAAGGGAUGGGGGUGGCGUACGGUGUUGGGGGAAGGUGUUGGGAGAUGACAUUUCCAGGAAUCCCCGCUAGGAUCCCUCAGCUCUCGGCUGACUUCUCCGGGAGAAAGAGUGUGGUGAUGGCAACGAUGAAGUGUGCAGGAUGCACUUGGUGUCUGAGUGUGGAGGGAGGCAUUGGGGUGGUGCGAAUUUGUAAAAUCCCGUGUGUGUGAAUCUGUGUACGUGUGUAUACUCGUGUGAUUGCAUACUGCUCUCCAAACCCGGAGAUCUGCGGGUGCCCUGACUUGCUGCCACCCGUUGACUGUAGGACAGUGUUCGUUAUUUCGACCCUGCAACUCUGAGCACAGUCUCGGUUCUGCUCCUGCCGCGUGGAUGCCCGGGUGUAGGGAUUCUCACUUCCCUUUGCUUCCCCUCACUUCCCCCCUUUUUCACAUGUCUCUUGACAUGGGGAUGUGGAAGUGUGCAUAUGGCUUUGGGCACAUGGCAGGGAAACAGGAUAAUGGUUACCCUUUCUGGGCUUGCUGGCAUCCAGGUUUUGAAGGGAGCUUCCAUCCUGUGACACUUCUCCUCUCCUCAGCCCCUGUUCUGUAAGGGUCUUAGAUGCCCUGACUCUGCAGUUUCUAUUGUUUAUCUCUUGUCUGACCUGAAGGAAAGGGUCUUUAAUGGUCACAACCUUCUCUCUGUCCCCACAACUUUGAAUGUCAACUAGACCUUCUUCCACAUUUAAACGCUGGAAAUCUUAUGGCUGAAGAAUAUGGUCUUUUUUGUGGGUUCUUAUAGAAUGAACUCUGGAGGUGUGUAUAAGAGAUGGGGGGUAGUAUUUAAAAACAAGAAAAAGAUCAUACUGAGAAAUGUUUGGUAUCCCCCCACCUCCAGCCUUGGUCAGCAUCACACAGGCAGGGCGUUUUCCUUAGGAAAGGGGAUACUUUAUUUCUAUUGCUGGUGACAUCCACUCUUCCAGCCUUCACAGUGACUAGGUGGUACCAUGUAUUAUUCGGGAACUGAAAUCCCCAAAGACCCAUGGUGAUGGGGUCCCAGGUCAGUGUGUCUGCUUUCCUAGCCAAUGUAGCCUGCUAGUAGGGAAUUUGGAAAAUGUCAAGCUGGCAGUAAGUCACCCAGUGGGAGCCAGGACACAGAAUUGAAUCCAAAGUCUAUAGCUGUUUAAUUGUUUCUGUGUGAUAAAGAUAGGCUUGUGUGGGGUUGGGCAGAGAGAGACAGGAAGGGAGAUAGCAUAUUCAUAUGUGAGCCCACUGCAGUUUGACUCCCCAGCUCCUGUAUUUCUCCUGCGGUAUUUAUAGGAAUGAAUGCACCUUUACACUUAACAUCUUGAUACUUCUUUAUUAAAAUGUUGUGGGACUAGAUUAACCUGCUUAGAACCUAUUUUAAUUGUAACACCUUAGAUUCUACUGCAUUGCUGUCAGAAUCCAAACUGGCUGCCUCGGUCCUCUUGAAGAGCCUGUAGCAGUCAUAGCUACACAACCGGGUGGAGCAGAAUGAGAGCGCAGUGAGCCGGCCCAGCCCCUCUUCCAGCCGUCGCCGACGCCCACCAUGAACCACUUGGAGGCGGCCGCGGAGGUGGAGGUGACGGACGAGGCGGCAGGCGGGGAGGUGAACGAGUCGGUGGAGGCCGACCUGGAGCACCCGGAGGUGGAGGAGGAGCAGCAGCAGCACCAUGCGGGCCGCCCCCUGCGCGGGCGCGCCGUCGAGGACCUCCGCGCCCAGCCCGGGCCGCAGCAGCAGCAGGAGGAGGAGGAGCGCGGGGAGUGCCUGGCGCGCUCCGCCAGCACGGAGAGCGGCUUCCACAACCACACGGACACGGCCGAGGGCGACGUGAUUGCCGCAGCGCGCGAGGGCUACGACGCCGAGCGCGCGCAGGACCCCGAGGACGAGAGCGCGUACGCAGUGCAGUACCGGCCCGAGGCCGAGGAGUACACGGAGCAGGCGGAGGCCGAGCACGCCGAGGCCACGCACCGCCGCGCGCUGCCCAACCACUUGCACUUCCACUCGCUGGAGCACGAGGAGGCCAUGAACGCUGCCUACUCGGGCUACGUCUACACGCACCGGCUCUUCCACCGCGGCGAGGACGAGCCCUAUGCCGAGCCCUACGCCGACUACGGGGGCCUCCAGGAGCACGUGUACGAGGAAAUCGGGGACGCACCCGAGCUGGACGCGCGCGACGGCCUGCGGCUGUACGAGCAGGAGCGAGACGAGGCGGCCGCCUACCGCCAGGAGGCCCUGGGCGCGCGGCUGCACCACUACGACGAGCGCUCCGACGGCGAGUCCGACAGCCCCGAGAAGGAGGCCGAGUUCGCGCCCUACCCGCGCAUGGACAGCUACGAGCAGGAAGAGGACAUCGACCAGAUCGUGGCCGAGGUCAAGCAGAGCAUGAGCUCGCAGAGCCUCGACAAGGCGGCCGAGGACAUGCCUGAGGCCGAGCAGGACCUGGAGCGCGCCCCCACCCCGGGCGGGGGCCGCCCGGACAGCCCCGGGCUACAGGCGCCGGCGGGGCAGCAGAGGGCGGCUGGCGGCGAGGCGGUGCAGCGGUACAGCAAGGAGAAGAGGGAUGCCAUCUCGCUGGCCAUCAAGGACAUCAAGGAGGCCAUCGAGGAGGUGAAAACCAGGACCAUACGCUCGCCUUAUACCCCCGACGAGCCCAAAGAGCCCAUCUGGGUCAUGCGCCAGGACAUUAGUCCCACCAGGGAUUGUGACGACCAGAGGCCGGUGGAUGGAGAUUCCCCGUCUCCUGGCAGUUCCUCACCCCUGGGUGCAGAGUCUUCGAGCACACCCCUUCAUCCCAGUGACCCCACGGAAGCCUCCACAAAUAAAGAGUCAAGAAAAAGCUUGGCUUCAUUCCCAACCUACGUCGAAGUUCCUGGACCUUGUGACCCUGAGGACUUGAUCGAUGGAAUCAUUUUUGCUGCCAAUUACCUGGGCUCCACCCAGCUUCUCUCAGACAAAACCCCCUCCAAAAACGUGCGCAUGAUGCAGGCCCAGGAAGCAGUAAGCAGGAUCAAGAUGGCCCAGAAAUUAGCCAAAAGCAGGAAGAAGGCCCCUGAAGGUGAAUCUCAGCCAAUGACUGAAGUGGAUCUCUUCAUUUCUACCCAGAGAAUCAAAGUAUUGAACGCCGACACGCAGGAGACAAUGAUGGACCACCCUCUGAGGACCAUUUCCUACAUUGCAGACAUCGGGAACAUCGUUGUGCUGAUGGCCCGCCGGCGGAUGCCCCGCUCCAACUCCCAGGAGAACGUGGAAGCCUCCCACCCAUCCCAGGAUGGAAAAAGGCAGUACAAGAUGAUCUGCCACGUCUUUGAAUCUGAGGACGCUCAGCUGAUUGCACAGUCCAUCGGGCAGGCAUUCAGCGUGGCAUACCAGGAGUUCCUCAGGGCCAACGGGAUUAACCCCGAAGAUCUCAGCCAGAAGGAAUACAGUGACCUGCUCAACACCCAGGACAUGUACAACGACGACCUGAUCCACUUCUCCAAGUCGGAAAACUGCAAAGAUGUCUUCAUAGAGAAGCAGAAAGGGGAAAUCCUAGGUGUGGUGAUUGUGGAGUCUGGCUGGGGAUCCAUCUUGCCAACCGUGAUCAUAGCCAACAUGAUGCACGGAGGCCCAGCGGAGAAAUCGGGGAAGCUGAAUAUUGGGGACCAGAUCAUGUCCAUAAAUGGCACCAGCCUGGUGGGCCUGCCUCUGUCGACCUGCCAGAGCAUUAUUAAGGGCUUGAAGAAUCAGGCCCGGGUCAAGCUGAAUAUCGUGAGGUGUCCCCCAGUGACCACCGUGUUGAUCAGGAGACCAGACCUUCGCUACCAGCUGGGGUUCAGUGUCCAGAACGGAAUCAUCUGCAGCCUCAUGCGAGGGGGAAUAGCGGAGAGAGGAGGUGUCCGCGUGGGACAUCGCAUCAUUGAAAUCAACGGGCAGAGCGUGGUCGCCACCCCACACGAGAAGAUCGUGCACAUCCUCUCCAAUGCUGUUGGGGAGAUUCACAUGAAGACGAUGCCGGCUGCCAUGUACAGGCUGCUGACGGCCCAGGAACAGCCCGUCUACAUCUGAAGCCACGCCCCCGCCCCCGGGCAGCAUGCAUGGAGGACUCUCCUCACUUGUGGUUGUGUUUCUCGUGCUACAUCUGUGUGCCCACUGAGACAUUCCCCUCUCAUACCCAGCACUCGGUUUGACACAGAAGGAAAAGAAUCCACAGAGACCUCCUUCUCUGUCUCUCUCUAGUUUGGUUUUUUUGUUGUUUUUAACACCAGGGAAGUUUUGUAUGCACUCCCUUGAGGCUGGAGAGCAGCCAGUAUCCACCCAGAAUCUGCCCAGGACCAUCCUGAAGGGCCCUUGGGGGUCCUGAAGAGGGUUGUCACCGCUCAGGAAGGAUCUUCCCUUCCCAAGAGGUGCAGCCCUCUUAGAAGGAACUCCUAGGGGUGGUGAAGAAGCCGAUUCAGCGGUGCCUACGAUCCAACCACUGAUCUCUGCUCUCUUCCAGUCAAUUUCUGGGACUAUGGUAGUAACAGGGAGGACCAGCCCGUGUCUUUACGGAUAUGCCUGCCCACCAUGUACGUGGGGCAUCAUACAUUAUUUCUGCCCAGAAUUUCUGAGCCAACCUUAUGCCUCUUCUGUAGUUUUAGUUUCAACAUAAUUGUGUUUUCUAAUGCAAACCUUUUCACCCAGGAUAGAAGGGGAACUGCCGUGGACAAGAAUACCUUCGUGUUGCAGAGAACUGGGCGAUUCCCAGGGCACCCGUGGCUUCCCAAGGUUAGCAACCAUUAGCUAAACACAGGCAGGUGCUUCCUGCCUCCUACAUCACAUGUACGUACACAGUCUCACUUGCAUAUAUUUCAGCCUUCCCUCCUCCCUUCCACCAGUGAGGCACCCAGAGCCCCUGGAAAACCCACGUCACCUCCCUGUGAGGCCCCUUCCCCCAGCAGGUGAGGCCUGCAGGGACUGGUGAGCCCUGUCUGGAGAGAACCGCCCCUCUGAGGCUGAGGCCUGGCCCUGCCAGCACCGCCUUGGCUAGAAGUGUUCUGGUGGACUCCCCUCGCGCCUCCACCCGACACAUACAUCCCACACUGGGAGUCUGGGAGUGAUGGACUGUUCCCCUUGAAGAUGAGGCCCGGUGGAAUCAUGUUAUGCUUCCUGGCCCAAGGUGGGACCAGCCUUGUUCUCCACUCAGGACCAUGAGGCAGGAUGUGACAUUUGAGGGCCCAGAACAGUAUAUAAACCACAAAACUAAGGGGACAAUCGUGACCUCAAGCGACGCCUAAGAAGCCCCAAAUGUGUUCCAGAAACGUCUUGCUGCCUUGUGGGCCUGAAAAAGCUUUUAUUUGGUGUGGAACAUUACGUGUUUUAUCAGGUGCCUCAUGUCCAUGGGUUUUGUCUCAGUUUGGUGCAGAUGUUUUAGUAAUAUCAUGAUUCUGAGCCAGUUUUCACUUACUCUUGGUCCAAAGAGCAUUUUGUUUUCAUGUGGGUGGGGUGUGGCUUGGAUUGGUUUUUGUUUUGUUUUGCUCGUGACCUCUGCAAAGACAGGGUAAGAGAAACUAAUAUAUUUUGUGAUAUUAAUAUCAGUCCCUCUUCUCAACAUCUGAGUUAUUUACGUUGUGUCCAUGGAGAUAGGAACCCGGUGAGCACGUGUUGGAUAGUAUGGAUUUAUACGUCGAAUGGAGGGAUUUCAGGGAGGGAGAAAGUGAAUAUGAAAAGGUUGGGAACAAGAUACUUGUGCCAGAGAGCUGUGUGGUCAGUGCCCCUGCGAGCUCUGUGCCGUCUUGAGUUUUCUGCUUAGAGUCAGGAAAGCCGGUUGUUUCAGUGGCGUCAGUGGCUGGACUCCCAGUGUGACCGUGGGACAGGCCCUGCUGAAGAGUGGCUGUGCUGCCCGCAUGUCCCCUUUAGGAAGGGGCUGCCCCUUCUCCAAGGGUCCAGGCUGGGCAGUCUGGGACCCCUGGAUGACUUUUGAGGACACUUAGCUGAAUGCUGCUGGGAGACCAGCCUCAAGGCUGACCCACUGCAAACGUGAGGAGCCGGGAACCUCAGCUCCAUUUACCAAACCGUAGUGUCUGAUGACAUAUAAUUAAAUACUAAAGAGUCCUAAGUUCAUCUUUCCUUUGCCAGAAGGAGCGGGUAAAGUAGGAAUGAAGCGUUCUGGGUGGUAUUUUCAGGCAUGAGGAGCCUUGGGAAGUCACUGGAGAGAGGCUCAUGCCAUCUGCUCCCAGGGUGACCGCUUGAGCCGCCUGCCCGAGGGCCCAUUCCGAGCCCCCUGCAAUCGGCCAGGGGACGGGAACCCCACCAGCAUGUCCCUGGGCAGCCUCCCACGUAAUUAUGUAAGGCUCUUCACCCAAAGGAGAGAAGACACAGAAUAUACUUUCUAUUGCUCCUCACAAAAAUCUUGGGAAGUUUGACAGGUGCGGAAAAGGCCAGUGUGGUGAACUCUCCUAGAAGGCUAACAUUUCAGCAUAAGAUUACCCACCACGUACCUCUGUGUUCGUAAAAGGGGCUCCUCACGCCCAGAUAGCGAAUGUUUCCGGAGCUUGGUCCAGGUUCAGCGGGCUGUAGUGUAUUCUUUUCCCUGCUCCCACUGGAUGGAGGGAAUCAGCCCACCUAUGGAAGUUAACCAAGGAGCCAGAAUCUUAAUAGUAACUCUGUUUUUGAAAGUCCCACAGGAAGUGGUGGUCUGUUUCCCUUCUGACAUCCCAGUAUAUAUAGUUACAUAUGUAAAUAUCUGAAACCCCAUGUAAUGGGGAAGACUAUGUACAGAACAGCCUUCCCAAACAUGGCCCCAGGCAGAAAGCCCCUCUUGCCACUUGGCUAGGGCAUGCUGGUGACUCAGAUUUGGGGACAGAUUCCUAGGUCCGUCGACCCCUCCUGGUCCAGCCAGGAUGCACCAGAACCCACCCUGCCUCUGCCUUCUCAAAUGUGAGCAUUUCAGGGAGCCACCAUCAGCCUUGGGUUCACGAGAGGACGAAGCCCCCAGAGACCAAUGCCUGGAGCCUGCUCCCCUCACUGGAGCAGCUCCUCCAGGCCUGGAGCCCAUCACGGGGCACUGGACUCCGAGUCCCUGCAGCCGGGUCUGCUUUCUGAACAUUGCCCAUCAGCACUGGCCUCAGAGAGUCCCAGAGUAACCUACUACCUCCCCAUCACUCCCACCACCCCUUUUCACACCCGUCACCCCGUCCACAUGCAGAUGAGACCCACCCACAAGCCCUUCUUGGGUCCCUCAGCCCAGCGGUGAGGCUGUUAACAAUGUUUACAACCAAGGGCACCUCCUCUUAGGUGUGUUUACUCUCCCACUUACAAGGCCACUUGCUGGUUUGAGUUUCAUGUCUGUCUGCUCCUUCCCUGGUUGAGUCCGACUUGAGCACACAACACUGACCUUACGUCCCAACCCUCCAUCAAGGCAGUCGUGAGGACCGUGUGGGAAGGAAAUUCCGUGUACAUAUUCAGCAGUCCCUAGAGUAUGAACUUGUACUAUUGUUCUGUAAAGAGGGUGAAAUAGAGCUUAUUGUAAAGCGCUGGGAGAAGUAUAGUAUUGUAUUUGUAACAAUAUGGUUCUUUGUAUACACAAAACUCAAUGAUCUCUAUAUAUAAAUAUAAAUAAAUAUAUAAAUAAGAUCUAUAUACACGUGAGCCUGGAAUGUUGAUGCCGCACACCCACUGAAUGUACUUCCUCUGACAGUCUGGUCACCGGGCUGGCCCUCCCUCCCCUCCUCCAUACCGUUUUGGGGGUUGUGAUGUAUUUAAUGUGUUCUCUUCCUUUAUUUAACUGAACGCUAAUGUCUGUAAGAGUUGCUGCAACAAUAAACAAGAACUUCACCUCUUG